AAGUGUUACGCGGCUGAAACUAUAAGUAAGUCGCGGUGGUGUGCGCGCCACUACGUUGCACACUGCGCGCGCGCGCCGUCUCAGACACUCGCUGCAGCACGAUCUUACCGGCGUUAUAAAUUUUACCGGUGUUCUCACUGUGCGUGUUAUCAUUAGUGGAUUUACCAUUCGGGGGUCAGCCGGCAUCACCAGCGAGGUCUCCAGUGACAAUGCCGGGCUCGCCAUUAUCCGACGUGUAUCUAAAAAACAAGAUGACAUCAAUGCAAGAAGACGACAUUCCGAUAUUAUCACCUAACUACGCAAAGCUGAAGAACAGAACUCACGAAUGGCAAAUAGUGUGGAGAAACGUGUUCGCAUUUGUCUACCUGCAUGUGGCGGCCACGUAUGGAUUUUACCUAAUGUUUACUGGUCGAGUUAGGAUUUGGACAAUACUCUUUGCGAUCAGCUUUGCCGUAAUAUCUGCUAUGGGAGUUACAGCGGGCGCGCACCGUCUGUGGGCACACCGAGCAUACAAAGCCAAGUGGCCUCUCCGGCUGUUCCUUGCCAUACUUCAGACCAUGGCCUUCCAAAACCACAUCUACGAAUGGGUGCGCGACCACAGGGUACACCACAAAUUUACGGAAACCGAUGCCGACCCACACAACGCUAAGCGAGGCUUCUUCUUCUCCCACAUCGGCUGGCUGAUGGUACGCAAACACAAGGAAGUGUUUGAGAAGGGCGCCACAGUCGACAUGUCCGACCUGGAGAAGGAUCCCAUCGUCAUGUUCCAAAAAAAAACUUACCUAUUUGUGAUGCCAAUCGUUUGUUUCGUCAUCCCCGCGUGGUUACCAGUCUAUUUCUGGGGGGAGGACCCCUGGACCUCGUGGUACGCAGCUUCCAUCGCGAGGUACACCCUCACUCUCCACUUCACCUGGCUAGUAAACUCAGCCGCACACAUUUGGGGCAAUAGGCCUUAUGACAAAUACAUAGGAGCUACUGACAACAAGACAGUGGCAAUCUGUGCUUUCGGUGAAGGUUGGCACAACUACCACCACGUGUUCCCCUGGGACUACAAGGCGGCCGAGCUGGGCAACUACAGUACCAAUAUGUCCACAGCCCUUAUUGACAUUGCUGCCAAAUACGGCCUAGCCUACGAUUUAAAAACUGUGUCAGCCGAUAUGAUCAGGAAAAGGGUGGCCAGAACUGGGGACGGCAGCCACCCAUCAGCUAAAGAAGUUGAUUCAGCCCAUGAAGAUCACCACCACCCAGAAAACCCAGUGUGGGGGUGGGAGGAUCAGGAUAUGACGGAAGAAGACCGACAACUUGCAGAAAUCGCUCAUAGAAAAACCGAGUAACUUUUACUGACUGAUUUAAGUGAAUAAGUUAGGCGGCAUAUUAUGAAUCUGGUCUAUAAAAAUGUAAUGAUACGUAAUUACUUAAUGACUACAAUUAUACACGAAUAUUUAUCAAAAAUUAACCUUGUAUAUAAUAGAAAUUAUAAACAUGUAUACAGGGUGAAAUCUAUAUAAGUCAAUAAAAAUUAUCAAAUCUCAGAUACUAAUUGAAUCUAGCCGAUCUGAAUUCUACAUUAAUAAACAAACAUACAUAAACAUAUGCUUUUUGUCUAAAGCUCUAAUUCCACGGAAGUAUCAAAAAUUCUACCAUGGUGGACUUAACGACAUACAGCUACCUGAUUGGUAAAUCGUAUCGAAACCGGUUCGGGCUGUGCUUUGAUAGAAAUAACUUAUUCUUUUUUUAUAAACUUUUGUUUUAAAACAAUCUCAACACCUGUAUGAAACAGGCAUUCCUGAAAAAUACACUGUGUUAAACUAUAUUAUUCCAUCAAUCCGCCUAGAUUAAGCAGGUCCAGAAUAUCUAUCAAUACGCCAGGAUACAACUUACCUACUACCUAGAAAAAAUCCAGGGCAAUUCCAUCAGUUUUCAAUUCUGUUUUCAAAUGCUUAUAAGAAUGGUUUGGGUAGUGUAGGUAUGUAAAUGUUAAUACUUAAAUUUAUAUAAAAAUACCCGAGUGAGCAAACAGAACGUUACAAACAAAAAGAACGUUUAUACUAGAUUCUAGAUAUGUUUUAUAAAGCUGUGAAUGAACGAAUAUUUUUUUAUAAUUGUACAAAAUUAAUGUACUUAUCUAGUUGGCGAAACAAGGAGUUGCAAAGGAAUGGUGUAAUCCUUUUCGCUACUAGGUAUAUUGUAUUACAUUAUAGUUAAGAUAUUGUUACAUAUAAUUGCCAUGUGACUAUGAACAAAACCUAUGAAAACUGCGGUUGUUUGCAGCAUUUUGUAGUUUAACGUAUGUAUUUUGUUAUGUGAUAUUGGUUCUAUGGAUAUUUACUGGUGACUGUUAGUUUUAAAAAUUAACUUAUUUAGUUGAGAAAAUAAAUGUUAUUAAGGGCUCAUUCAUUUUUAAAUUAUAAGUAAACAUGUUAAGUAGAGCAAAAAAAUAUUAAAUUAAAAAUAUAUUUUUUUAUUAAUCAAUUGAAGUGCUAAUGGGCCCUAAUAAUCGUACUUACCUAAUUUAAUUCGUAUUUAGGUAAGGUUAAUUUAUUUUUAUACCAUGAAACAAAAUAUAAAAUGUU